GUUGAAGUCGAGUCGACAUAUGUUUAUGACAUAAACUUUAUGUCGACUUGAGUUUGUGUUGUGUAUGAACACAGAGUUGUUACUAUAUGUGGAUGAAGAAUAAUAAAACAGUUUGUAAAAUGACAGUAUUAACUGCCAAAGAAAUUAACUGUGAUUUUAAAGUGUUUGGCUGGCAAUUAAAAUGUUUUUAAAUAGGUUAUUGUGUAGUGUGCUUGUGUUCACCUUUACUCUUUACCUGUCCGCUGCUUCACCGUUGAAUCCUGUUCAAUUCAUUAGAGAUAUAAACUUAAAGUCUUGGCUAAAAAGAUACGAACCUGUGCAUUAUGACUCAAGCGAGUUGUCUAAACAACAUAAUCCUGACAGAAGAGAUUUGAAAAAACGUCUUGAUACCAUUAGAUUUGAUGUAAAGUGUUACAAUAGGAUAUUCAAACUGCGACUAGCUUUAGAUAAAGACGUAUUUGCCGACGACAUCAUUUUUGAAUCAACUAGAGGAUCUAUUAAAUUUAAUCCCAAUAUUGCGUAUAAAGGAACAUUGGAAGACGAUGAAUCUGCUGUCGUUCAUGGUGUCAUCACGAAAGAAGGAUUAUUCGAAGGUACAAUUUCAACUCUAUUAGAAGACUUCCACAUAGAACCGCUUAGUCGUUACGUCAACUCUUCCAAUUUCGAUAGUUCUUAUCACUCCAUAAUUUACAAAAACUCAGACGUGCAAGACCCUCGCAAAGGCACUCCUUGCGCCUCCCAUCAAUUACGUUCAAACAACAUAGAACAAAACAAGCAAAGAAAAAAACGAUGGCUUUUGCAAGGGGAAUCAAAAUUGCCGUUCGAUCACAACAACUUAUUAAACAGAAGUCAAAACGAUUUUUCUUAUUUUGACCUGAGCCAGCCGAUCGACGAGGAAUUGGAUAUGGACAACCGUACUAACGUGGAUAUAUCCGGAUUAAUAUUCCGAAAUUUUAACAAACGAGCAGUAAUAGAUCCGAAAAAGACGACCUGUAUGUUGUAUUUACAGGCAGAUCACAAUUUUUUCUCCAAAUAUGGUACUGAGGAGGCCUGCAUUGAAGUUAUGACUAGGCAUGUUCAACGUGUUAAUGCUAUUUAUAGAAAUACAGACUUCAACCAGGAUGGGAAAAGGGAUAAUAUCACAUUUAUGGUCAAAAGAAUAAAAGUGCAUACUACCGAAGCGUUAAGAGAUCCUCUAUACAGAUUUCCUAAUAAUUACGGUGUUGAAAAGUUUUUAGAAUUAUUUUCUGAGGAAGAUUACGAUGCAUUUUGUCUUGCUUACAUGUUCACGUACCGGGAUUUCGAGAUGGGAACUUUAGGUUUGGCCUGGACAGGCGAUUUAAAGAAUGCCGGAGGGGUAUGCGAGAAAAAUGGGCACUACAGGGGCAGCAUGAAAUCCCUCAACACCGGGAUUGUUACUUUGCUAAACUACGGCAAGCACGUUCCUCCUGCGGUGUCUCAUGUCACACUCGCCCAUGAGAUUGGACAUAACUUUGGAUCACCUCAUGAUCCAGAGCAAUGUACGCCAGGCGGGGAGGACGGAAAUUAUAUCAUGUUUGCAAGGGCCACAUCUGGCGAUAAGAAAAAUAAUAAUCAAUUUUCCCCAUGCAGCUUGAAAAGUAUUAAUCCGGUACUAAAUUUUAAAGCUAGGUCUUCCAAAGGAUGCUUUACAGAACCACAAGUAUCACUAUGUGGAAAUGGAGUCGUCGAAGAAGGAGAAGAAUGUGACUGCGGCUGGGAAGAAGAUUGCAGAGACCAAUGCUGCUUUCCGCAAAGAAGAUAUCCGCCACAGGACGAACCACCUUGCAAACUAACUUCUAGAAGCGUUUGCAGUCCCUCCCAAGGUCCAUGCUGUACCUCGGAAUGCAAAGUUAAGUUUGGAGACAAAUGCAGAGAAGACAAUGGAUGCAGAGAUGAGAGUUUUUGCAAUGGACGCGAUCCACAAUGUCCGCCUUCCAUUAACAAACCAAACAAAACUAUUUGCAACAAGGAGUUUGUUUGUUUUAUGGGGGAGUGCACUGGAUCAAUCUGCUUGGCAUACGGCUUGGAAUCCUGCCAAUGUUUACCAAAAAGAGGAGACCUGAAAACGAAGGCCUGCGAACUUUGCUGCAAACUUCCAGGCGACAAUCAAUCCUGUCUAUCGUCGUUUAAUUGGAACGACAUGCCCUACGACAUACCAGACAUGUAUUCAAAGCCCGGAACGCCUUGCAACGACUACAACGGAUAUUGCGACGUGUUUCAGAUGUGCCGGGAAGUCGAUCCAUCCGGACCACUGGCCACCUUAAGAAAACUUUUGUUGUCUGAAGAAAGCAUUGCUAGUUUUAAAAAGUGGGUUUUGGAGUACUGGUACGUCGUGGCAGCCGUCAUGGCUUCAGCUAUAAUGUUGCUAGUACUGAGCACUAAAUACUUUGGUAAAAAAUCAAAGAAGCUAAAGUCAAUUACUAUCCUCCACAAAUCAUCAUCUGGAGGGGUCAGGAUACCUCCAGAAGGAGAUACUGGUGUUAUGGUUCACCCUGGAGUCAAGUCCCGCGUUCCACUAAAACGAAUAGUUCGCGAUGGAAAAAUAAAACGCAAAAGAAAAUCUUCUCCAAAGAAAAAGAAACGCGUGUCAGCAGCGGUGGGAGCAGAAGAAACAAAAAAUAAAACCGUAGAACCCACGCCAAUAGAAGUGCCACAAAACAAAGUCAAAAAAAAUUCACAACACAACAAAAAGAAAAGGAAAAAAAAGGAAGUCAUAGACUACAGCGUUUUCCAAAAAGACGUUGAUGGUAGAAAGGAGUUAGUUAGUUCGGAAGUUGUGCAUAACACUUUAGCCGCUGAAGCAGACUCUGUAGGCAAGGUCCAAAAUUGGCUCUUAAAGUCCCAAUAUGCUUUGCCAAAGUCAAAAUCGACACCUGUCAAUUUAGCGGAUAAAUUAAAAAGAAGUCCUCACAAGAGGCCUACAAUCAGAACCCGAACAAAAAAUAAGUCCCACAGUAUAGGAAAUAUACCCUCGGAAAAAGAUAAAGUUCGCUUGCAAGUUGUGUAUAAACCGCCUUUUAAAUUUACUGUCAAAUUAAGAAAGCCUGAAAAAACUAGCGUUCUUAUAGAAAAACAGGAGCCGGUGAGAAAACCAGAUAAACCUCACAGAGGUGGUGUUCUCAUUCAAACUGUUGCUCGCGAGAGCGAAGAGCAACCAGUUAAAACUAAAAAUGAUACAAAUAACAAAGUAACUAUUGCCAAAAUUCCUAAAGCUAACAACCCCCCAGUUGAUAGUACUGAUAAUAUUGAUUCAAAUGUUCAUACCGUCCAAUCCGAUUUAGAAGUUUUAUUAUCUGACAGUGAAUUUUUAUUUUUAAAUGACUAAUGAGUUGUUUUACUCCAUUGCAGUCCAAGGCUGUGGAAACAUUCCGCAUUUUAAGUACUUAAGUUUAAUUAAAGAAUUAAAAGUAAUAUAUAACAAUGUAUGUAAAAAUAUAAUAAGUAAGUACUUUUGUCAUACCUAAUUUAUAAAUAAAAUAACUAGUUAAGUAAUAUAUUACCAGUUAAGUAAUAUAUAUUGAUGUUAUUUUUUAUUAACAUAUUAAAAAAAUUACUAAA